CUACAUUCCAACCCUGUUUUACCCUUUGGGUACGGAACCCUAAAAAGUCGUGGUGGUGGCCUAGUGGGUAAAGAACCAGUCUCUCAAGUAUGAGGGCGUGGGUUCGGGGCGCACUAUUCCUUUACAAAUACGUUCGUUUGGAGCCUCCACAUUAUAAAGAAACUACUAAGAACUGUAUUCCUCUUACUCCGUAUUUACAUGUGUUAAUAUAAUAUGUUGGUAGGUGCAGCCAGUAUCACACAGUAUCAGUAAUUGUACUAUACUUCUCGGUGCUAUGAAAUCUGAUUCUCGUAUCAUAGUAACAACGUUGGCACGGUAACUAUGAGGGGUAAACAUUGGAUCCUGGGUAAAUCAUAAACAUCGGUGAUAAUAUGACAUUAAAGUAUUUAAUAGCUCAUAAAACAAAACUGCAUAAAAUCAAACACUGAGGGAGACACCUUUAUAGAGUAAAUAAUUUUGUUGAAACCUUAUUGGUACAUUUGCUUAAUUCAGGCCAUAAAAUUUGAUGAACCAUUCUAAAUUCAAAUUGCUGCAUUGACAACGUCAAUAUUGUCACGGAAAAUUGGGACGCGACGGUGUUUCAAUUUUAUUAUUCCCAGGCAUUUAUUGUGUCAAUUAAAACAUUUUUUUACUAAAUAAUGGCAAACGAAGCUGAGGAGACAGUUCGGAAGCUAUCUAUGCACAAAGGUGUGGCAGGAGUCAUAGUUGUCAACGGUGAAGGUAUACCGAUCAAGACGACUUUAGAGAAUCACGUUUCUGUGCAAUACGCGGGACUUAUGAGCUCCUUAGUGGAUAAAGCGAAGGCGGUAGUGAGAGAUCUCGACCCUACCAAUGAUCUGACGUUCCUGAGGAUACGCAGCAAGAAAAGCGAGGUGAUGGUGGCUCCAGAUAAAGACUUUAUACUGAUAGUCGUGCAAAACCCGGUUGAAUGACGAAGGUUUUGGCUCGUGAGCCAAUGUUUUUUAUCUUCUCUUGGUCUAUUUUUCUUAAAGUACGCCAAUUACCUUUAAUGUUUGUAUUUUUCUAUCUAGUCAUAGUUCUGCUUUAUUUUACUUCUUGUCAUCAUUUUCUACUGCGUUAGUUGCUCAGUAUAUUGUAAUGAA